AUGGAAAACGAAGAUCAAGUGGAAAGAUCACGUGAUCAAAAUAAUGAUGACGUAAAAUCAGGACGAGUAGACGAAGAAUUUGCCAGGAAAAACCGCGAAAAUGCACGUGCACCUUCAGAAAGACAUCUAGAGGAGAAACCGCAAAUCAAAGGGUCAUAUUUUUCAAUAGACCAAAUUUUGAAUGGGAAUAACAGAAGACUGGGUGAAUCGACUGGAGAAGAUAGCACACUUCUUCUUGAUAAACAUCCUGCACGCAUACAGUAUCACGGAGCAGAAGUUUCACCAGGCUCGCGCCUUCUUUUUGCACGAGACCCACGUCAGACGUACGCCAGUUUCCCGCCGUUUCCUAGCACUCUUGGGUUACGGCCUCUGCUACCAGGAGGCUAUCCGGCACCUUCACUGGCGAGUGGAAUUCGUCCUGGAGAACUUUCAAACUGGCUGCAGCACACCCUUUAUCAAAGACACAUGUUUCUGGAAGGAUUCUCCGUGACGUCAUCUUCGUUUACAGCGCAGCGUAGUUCCGCGGCACGACGACAACGUCGCGUGAACAUCGACCGGAAACCACGUCAGGCGUAUUCGUCUACACAGCUUGAGCGACUGGAACUCGAGUUCAAGGCCGAUCGUUACCUGAGUGUCAACAAACGAAUGGAGCUGUCUAAGGCUCUCAGUCUGACCGAGACUCAGAUCAAAACCUGGUUCCAGAACAGAAGAACUAAGUGGAAGAAACAGGUGACGGCUCAAAUGAAGAGGGACGGUUUCUUCUCGGCCUCGGUUUGGAAUUCUCUGACGUCACUUCCGAGCAGCUGCCAGCAUUUAGCACCACAUCCGUUUAUUUAUCCAUUUGAAUAAGACACGCCAUUGUUUGUUUAUCUUUCACUUAGGAAAGGGGAGGGGUAUCUAUAGUGAGGGAUUCGUUGACAUGACGAGGAUUUUAUUCAAAAGGGCACACACAUUGGGUUGAAUGGGUGGCACCCAUACUCUAAACAAGUCGUGUUAAUCAGUGACAAGCAAAAUUAAUAUAAAAGUUGGUAAAGAUAAGAGGUGCCCCCCCCCCCCCCUCGCCUGUUACCGACCACGGUCGGGCUGCUGGUGCUCCCUUGCACCUGCCAGUGUAGGCGGUCCCUCCUCCU